AUGCCAGGCCCCUUCACAUCCAAGUCUUUCAGCGCCACGCUGCCCAACUCGCUUGCAGCGCGAUACCGUAAAUCGCUUCAGAAGCACCCAUUCCUACUUUUUGGGCUGCCGUUCCUCACUACCAUGGUGGCGGGGUCUUUCAUGCUGACACCCGCCACGGCACUGCGAUACGAACGAUAUGACCGCAAAAACCAGCAGAUCACACAAGAGCAAGCAAUGGGCCUCAGAGGGGAGCGGAGAAAGGUCAACAUGCGUGAUGAAUACUACCGGUUGCAAGCGAAAGAUCUUGAGGACUGGGAGCAGAGGCGUGUUAAACGACUACCCGGCGAACCGGACGGCACGCUUGUAUAA